AUGGAAUCACCAGACGCACCGCGUGAACAACGUCCUUUGAUUGCAAAUCCGGCUCUGGAAGGCACAGACAAGACAAGGAAGACGCUCAAAGAACCCAUUGUUCGAGAAACGACGAGUCGCGGCAACUCGAUCUACGAGCCAUUGCAGAACCCGGAUGACGGCAACUCGGCGACGGCCCGUAGCGACAGCGGCAAGGGCAGUGAUGCCGCACAUGAUUUCCAGAAGGUCAGCUGGACGCCGUUCGUGAUCCUGGCUGAUAUCUGUGCGGUCGUACUCCCGGUUGGGUUUCUUAUCUUUGCCUUCUUGGUGUUGAGCAUCAAUGGGCAGGAGACAGACGAGGCCUCUGCUGGACAAUAUCGCAAUGCAUUCACCAUUCUUGCUACCCUCUUCCCCAUAAUAUUCGCGGCUAUCAUAGGCCGUCUCAUGUCCCAAAUCGCCCGUUGGAAACUCGAAAGGGGCGCCACCAUGGAAGCGUUGGAGCAAUUGAUGGGAAGCCGGACUGUCGGUGGCACGCUAUUGAUUCAUAUCCAGCUUCGGGCCGUCAACCUCCUGACGCUAUCACUCAUUCUGAUAUGGAUCUUCUCGCCUCUGGGCGGCCAAUCCGUCUUGCGCAUGCUCGAAACCCGACCUCGAAGCGUGGUUACUCCUUCAAGUGUCGUCUAUUUCGACACUGAUGCCCGGUCCCAGUUUGCAUCCUGGUCAGAUGCUUCGCCGACGAGCUACGCGUAUAACAUCAAUCGGAUGUCCAUUGUCAAUGCCAUGUACAAUGCUCUGAUUCUCAGUCCCGAUGCCGUAAAGAGCGAUUCCAUGGAUGUCUGGGGAAACGUCAAGAUUCCGGCGCUAUCGUCGUACGGUAAUUUUGAGACAACAGAAUGGCAAGACGUCCCAGCAGAUAAAGAGAAGCUAGAGUUUUCAUCUCUCGUCGGCGUUCCCAUCACGCAUGUCGCUGACGGAAACACAACCAUCUUGCUGGAAUCGAGCUACAUGCACUUCGCAUGUGACAAUAUCAGCGUUUCAGCGUUCUCGUACGAUACCCAAUCCGGCCCUUCGUUCGCCACAGCCGUCAUAUUCAACGAAACUUCGCUCUGUAUGUCCGACCGCUGCAGAACCGUCGCCAACGGGACCUGGCAGGGUUGGAACCUCAACCAGACAACCUCCUCAGACGGCAUGUCAGGAUGGAACCUCGCGCUUGACAACUUUGUAGAUGCGCAGUGGAAUGACUACGACUGGUACAGCAAGCGCGGGCUCAGGGUCGAGGAUGCCAACCGCCCCAACGUAUUUACGAAUGAGAAGGGAGUGGUGGCUAACCGGACGACUUUACUCUUCCAAGCGAGGGAGCAGACUAGUUCCCGCGGACCACCAGAUUACACGACGUCUCGCUGCGGCGUCACACAGAAAUAUGUCGAGUCAAGAGUGCGUUGCUCGCGAGACUCUUCUCCUUCCACCGCUCGACAGAGUUGUAGUGUCGCGGCGCAGCGCCCUUCUCAAAAGACCCACGCCGAUGAGAAUAUCUCCCAAUUGUCCUUUACACGAGUCUUCCGCUACGUCUCGCGGAAGCUGCCUCAAGCAACAAACCACUUUGGCUCAAGCUACACGUCGGAUAUCUCCUUGAACUACCUCGAGAACCCAUCCUCGAUCACCAUGACUGGUGCAAAUACGCCGCCGGAGCUGGCGAGCAUCAAUCCAGAGGACUUUGGGUACCGGCUUGCGCAACUUGUCAACUCGUACGUUUUCCUCAGCCAAGCUUUCUCAAACGCCCCCAGUGGAAGCGUAGACGUCAAUGCCACAUUUGAGCCCAAUUUCACUGUUGGCGUCGACGUCGAGACUUUGGUGGAAGUCUUCCACGUUCCUGGUCUAUGGAUGGGCCUGUAUAUUCUGUCUUGUGUUAUGCUUCUCCUAGGAGGUUUAACAAGUGCUGUUGUCACGCAUUUUGUCCACGGGCCGGAGAUUCUGGGAUAUGCGUCGACUGUCGCUUCAAGCCCACCGAGCUUAUAUUACGUCGGCUGUGGUCUCUGCCCGGCUUGUCAGUACGGCACAUAUCGCCUUCCAGAUCUAGUCGCCAACACGAUCGAAAACGGGCAAGCCCUGGGCUCCUACACCAACCUAGAACAUCACGAUGAACUAAAGCAUGCACUAAUCGAAGGAUUCCAUGAACUCUAUAACAAUCGAGACCCAAGUCACUAUGCUCACAUUAUCAGGGUGGCGUCUCUGCUCGACCAUUACUUUUUCAGAGGAUGGCUUGCGGCGCGUCGACGACGAACGGGCAUCGUGCAGUCGCAUCUCAAAGUGUGUAUUCGGGAGAACAACGAGGUCUGCCAGGAACAAGGCAGCGCUUCGCACGUGGAGGUGGUCAAGGAGCAUGCUGGCUCGCUCCCCAGCGUUGACAUUGACAUUGACUCUGCAGGAAUGUGGACGAUUGCGCGAAUCGUUGAGCUCCUGAUCCAUGAGAUGGCUCACGGAUAUUUGAUCUUGUUUACGUGUCGUGGGGGCUUUGAUUACGUGGCUGGCUGCUCCUUUCACCAUUCCACUGCGAGAGGCCAUCACGGUCUUUACCUGCGAAAGCUGCUGAGGCAUGUGUAUCAGACUAUUCAGGAGUGGGACGAUGUGUUGAGCAACUUUGGGACAGAUUGUUUGGUUGAGACGGGAGAGACUGAAAACUACAAGAGUGUGUUCAAGAUCUGUGGGUCCAAUCAAGGCCGCAAUUCUUUGGAGGAAAAGGUUCAGUUCAGCAUGGUUACAGAAUAUUUUGUUCUCUCCAAGCCUGCAAUAUACGCAUUCCCAGUGUACGCCAUCCACGCUUUCGCAGAGCCAAUGGUCGGGCAGCUCAUUGGGAGUUUCGUACCGGCGACGUUGGGAUGGCGAUGGCUUGAAUGGAUCAUGCUUAUCAUGGCAGCUAUCGUUCUGGUCGUCAUUGUCGCGUUCCAGCCAGAGACGUAUGCUGGGCUGAUACUCUGCUGGAAAGCUUCCAUUCUCCGGCAUGAGACUGGCGAUGCACGAUACAAAGCACCAACCGAGGUCAGGCAAGAACGUCUCGGUGUCUGUCUCAAAUUAUCCAUCUAUCGACCAUUUGCCAUGUUCUACUCAGAACUCAUCAUCGUUUUGGUCUCGCUUUACCUUUCAAUUGUCUACAUUGUCCUUUUUACCUUUCUCGAUGGUUCUUCCUACAUUUUUGGCGAAACCUACGGCUUAUCCGCCGGCAUGACCUCUUUGUGCUGGGCUAGCAUGCUCAUAGGUAUUUCUUUUGUCAGUCACCUGGUACCACAUGUCUACGGUCGAACCACGAAACCGUGCAAGUCACAAUACCCCAGUGUCAUCGUUCCUGAAAUGCGACUUUGGUACACCAUGCUUGGGGGCGCACCCGCUGUCCCAAUCAGCUUUUUCUGGAUCGGGUGGACUAGCAAUACUGAGAUUUCCAUCUGGUCUCCUUUGGUUGUCUCAGCGCUCUUUGUCUUCGGCAUUACGACUAUCUUUAUCGUAUCGUACAUGUACUUGAUCAACUGUUAUGAUGCCUACUCGGCUUCAGCGCUGGGAUUUCUCGUAUUUACACGCUACGCCGUUGCUGGUGGUGUUACUAUGGCUAGGGCCCCUGUCUACAAGACUCUAGGCGUUCAAUACACACUCUCGAUCCUGGGCACUGUCAGUGCAGUCAUGGCCUUGGUCCCUUAUCUGCUUUACAAGUAUGGACCAAUGAUCCGGAAGAAUAAUGCUUGCUGCCACCGGAUCGCCUGGUUCCGCAUCGAGUCGACUGGCGGCCGCUGCCUGGCGGUGAAGACGCCUGAGGCCAACUGCUCGUGGCGCUUGGCAAGAAGAACUGUCGCCGCCGUAUACGCGAUUGCAUACCUGGGUCUUGACAUCGUUACAAACCUUAUGACUUGA